AUGGCCGACGCGGGCGACGGCGCCAGCCAUGUCUCGGAACCGCUGGAUCUGGUGCGACUCUUGCUGAACGAGGUGGUUUUUGUCAAGCUCAGAGGCGAUCGAGAGCUCAAGGGCAAGCUCCACGCUUACGAUAGUCAUUGUAACCUUGUGCUCGGAGACGUCGAGGAGACCAUCUACGCGGUUGACGAUGACGACGAGACCAUCAGCCGCAAGUCGGAAAUGCUGUUUGUUCGAGGUGAUAGUGUUGUCUUGGUAUCGCCGCAAGUCGCCUUUUAA